AAGUUUAUAGUCUUGGAAAUAAAUGAACAAAUUUGAAGAUGUUAUUUUUUGGUCGAUGUUUGCUUUCAUUCCCUGUGACUUGACGCGUUUUAAAAAGUUACAUUCCGCUCAUUCAUUGCGCACGUCCUCGCAAUAAUUGGCGUGGACACACAAAGACCAGCCUCUGUAAAGCUUGUGGGGCAGGAGUGGGCCUAGUUUGUAGUAAAAUAAAAAGACCUUCACUGUGUUUUAUUUCACCCUUUUUCGUCUCUUGUGCCUGAUCUGAUCAUUGGACUCCCGUUAGAGGAUCAGUGCAACAUGAAGCUGCGCAUUUUACCUUUGCAUAGAUUUGGGGAAGGGGUACUAUGGGAGCAGGCUGAAGUUAAAGAGUAGAAGGGAGAAGCACCGCGGCACAUUUCAAAGCAUUUUCUCUGCGAUAUUUGAAAACGGAGUCGUGCAGCGAACGCCUGCGUGUCCUUUUUAAAACAAACCCAGCGCCUGUCAAUCACUCGGCGUUCCAGCCAAUCCCAAAGCUCCCUUUUUAAAAGCAGGUUUGCCUGCUGUGCUUUUAUAUUUCACUAUGGCCUGCUUCGAAGCAUUUUUACCACCACGGUUAUUGCCACAAAUCAAGAGGGCAAAGUGAACGGGAUGGGACUCCCAGCACCUUUAACGGUACUGAGUCUUCUUGCUGCUUCUGCGAAGUUCACGGCUCAGAAUUUCACAUGCAGAUGAUGCACAGCAAGGAGAAAAAAUGGGAGCAGACUUUCCCUGAGUGCUGUGGUGGUUGAUCCUGCAAACUCAUAGCCAAACUCACAAAACAACAUGACAAGCCUUUCGAGGUUUAGUGGCUGCCCUCUCUCUUGCGUCAACCCCGGGGAGAGCAAUACUGAACCCAGCGUGGUGCUGCCACCUUUGGCAGGAGAGCACAUGGGACACCCCACUGGCAGUUCCUUAAAACUCUGCCCCUCGCACAAUUUGAGAGACUACCCCGAGACGAGGUCCACUGCAUUUGUUGACCACUCGGUCAGUUUUUCAGACUCUGGAUACCCCAGUCACCGGUUAGAGCACAGCCCCAGGGGCAUUAUCAUUGGAGCCAAUCUUUCUGGAGCCGGCAUGCCACCCGUCACUGAUCAACUGGCAUCAAGAGCUAACCAACAUGGCGGGAUUGGAAGGUAUCGUGACUUUGCUGGCUGCAGAGACAACAGAAGCCAUGCGUUUUUCACCAGCUAUCAGGAGCAGGCCCAUGCCUCCGCCGACGCACCUCGAGACCUUGGCAGCCAGAUGAUGCUGGGCAUCCCUGGCGACCUCCUCACCCGGAGUCACCCCUACAGCCAAACUGUCAACCCCAAGGGAAACAGCCAGCAAAUCGUCACUCAGUUCCUGGGUCUUUACAAACCUCUGAACAUGGCAAUUCAGCGGGGAGGAGGCGACGCGUUCCUCCGCUGCUCCAAGCAAACAGUCAAGCACGAGCUUGUGUGCAAGUGGAGUGACGGCCAAGAGGGGGCUGGGAAGCUGCCCUGCUCCAGAGCCUUCGGGACCAUGUAUGAACUUGUCACCCAUGUGACAGUGGAGCACGUCGGAGGACCAGAGCACGCAGAAUACGUGUGUCACUGGGAGAAUUGUCCGAGAGACAGGAAGCCUUUCAAAGCCAAAUACAAGCUGGUGAACCACGUCAGAGUCCACACAGGGGAGAAGCCCUUUCCAUGCCCUUUCCACGGCUGUGAGAAAGUUUUCGCGAGAUCAGAGAACCUGAAGAUCCACAAGAGGACCCACACAGGUGAAAAACCUUUCAAAUGUGAGUUCGAGGGCUGCAACAGGAGGUUUGCAAACAGCAGCGACAGAAAGAAGCACUCCCAUGUGCACUCCAGUGACAAACCAUACAUGUGCAAGGUCAGGGGCUGCGACAAGUGCUACACCCAUCCCAGCUCCCUGCGCAAACACAUGAAGCUCCACUGCAACAAGGCCCACGUUGCCAAAAGCGGUCAUGCGCGUCCCGAAGACGAGGAUCGCAGUGCUGAGGGCAGGUCAGCACGGGAUAGGGUCCAGGUCAGCACCCUGCAUCCAACCCAAGAUGUCCGGCUGUCCCCUGAGAGUCCAGACGACUUGACCCCGAGGUCACGUUUCCAUCACACGUUUGACAGCAGUUUGGACUACUCCCCGCACAGGUCACAGCCACUCCUAGACCCUUUGUUGCUGCAGAGAGGCAGCUACAGGUCUCAGUCCUCUCAGUACCCCUGCAGCCAGGCAGGGCAGGCUUUUGCCCAGAGCUCAAGGACUUUCACCUCCGCCUCCCCCUUUCAGAAAAGUAUUGUCAACGGAUGGUAUACAUGUCACACCGGCGUGGACUCCUUCUCUCCAAAGCAGUGUAACAACAUCCCGUCUCUGUGAGAUCUUGAACACAUUAGUGGGCCUCUGUUUUCCCGCUGUAGCCUGAAGCCGUGUCUCUAUUACUCUGUACUUCUUGUGAAUGGUGUUUCAAAUAUUUGUGAUAUGUCCUCAGUCACCCUGUUGAGAGUUACACCUCAAAAUAUGUCCAGCUGUUGUUCACGUUGUGGUGAGGCCUGUUCGGCUGCCUUCAUGGGAGCAACAACAAGGAGCAUGAGUCCAGUUGUUCACCGUGUUGCAUAUUUGUUCAAGUUAUUCAGAAAAGAAGUUCAUGUUCAUUUGAAGUUAUUAUAAUUUGUUCCUUGAAGUAAAUAUGAGAAAAAAACCUUGCUGAAUGUAGCCCUCUCUGUAAGGGUGUUUGUGGAAUGUAAAAUAGAUGUAAUAUAUGUCAGGAUGAAUAGAAAUAUUAUUCAUAACUGUCCUAUGUCCUAAGAGGAGGAAUUAUCUGGAGGAUCUUUUUGCCAUUCAAAUUUGUGAGAUCUAACAAUCCUGCAUUGUGGGCCUGGAGCAUAUUUUGACUGUAAUUAAAUCAGGACAGGCGUGAGACACAAAUACAUAUAUAUGAUCUUUUCUUGAUUCAAUCCACAUUUUUACUGCUUAUUCACAAAACUGUAAUAGGCAUUUACUCUGUAUUAUUUUUAAUUACCAUUUCAUUACAAAGUAAAGUCAGUGUGAGUACUGUGCUCCUGUUAAUGGUGAAACGUCAGCUUCCCUGUACAUAAACGUUCUUGAUAAUUAAUUAUGUGCCCUAUAUUGCAUUAAAGUGUCUAUAUUCUCUUUGA